UGUCCGGGAUUAUCAUUUUCUGCUGGAGACCAAGGCAUGUCAAUGACACUAAAUAGUUUUGAAUACAGUAUUUAUAUACUUCUACAGUUUUAUUCAUGUUUUUCAGGAAUCAUUAAACCAGGAGGGUAUCCAGUAAAAAAUCAACAAUACAAAGGAGAAUGGAAGAGUUUAAUGACCCCGAGGUAGAGGAAACCCAGGUCAACAUUCCAGACAUGUUAGAACUCCAGGUAUCAGAGAUUGAGAUGCUACAGAGUAUGUUUCCAAACAGUGAUGAAUUGAGAUUAGAUGACCCUGCAGUUAUAGCAGAGAUUAGACAAUAUCUUGAUGGCAAACUUGCAUAUGAAUACCUACAGAACAGGAUAGGGUUUACACUGAAAAUAACACCAGGAAAUCAAAAGGUGACUAUUGAAGUUGUAUGCCUUUAUCCACAUGAAUAUCCAAGUGUUGCUCCAUGUGUCUUUACCCGUUGUGAGCAGAUGGACAGAACCAGCCAUAGUCAAUUAAAUGAGGAUUUACAGCAGUAUAUUUUGGGAGUCGAUAGAGGAGAAAUCUGCAUGUUCUCUGUUAUAGAAUGGAUCCAAGAAAAUUUUGUAAAAUACUUGAAGAAACAACAACCAACAAAGAUUAAAAAGAAAGAUAUCGAAUUUGACAAAACUUUCUCAAGACUUUGGAUUUAUAGUCAUCACUUAUUUAGUAAAUUUAAACGUAGAGACAUUGUAGACUGGGCUCUAGAAAUGAAACUUACUGGUUUUAGUUUACCUGGGAAACCAGGAAUAAUUUGUGUUGAGGGAUAUAGUCAAAAUAUUGAUGAUUAUUGGUCAAGGUUAAGGGCGCUAGCUUGGAAAAAGAUUGUUAUACGGGAAAGAGAAGAUAAUGCAAUUGGGAAGAAAAAUAUCAAUGAGUUUCAUAAAUUUGAUAAAUUUGAAGAAAAAGUUUUUGAAGUGCGUGCUGCUAGAGGAAGGGAAUAUCGUAUGGAUAUGGGUUUAUUUUGUGAUUUUUUAAAUGAACAUAAUUGUGGACAUAUAUUUAGUUGUUAUUUUGGUGUUGAUGGGAAAGGGACUUCAUCAUCAGUUACCUGAAUAAUUUAUUUUAUAUAUCUAUGUUUUAAUCGAUUUUUUUUCUUUUUUCAUUAUUCUGUUAAUCAUGUCAAUAGUGUAAAUAAAUUUAGUUUCAGUCUC